AUGCCGAAGUUUCUGUCUGCAUCCGUUGGAGAGAGCAUCACACUCUCCUGCACGCUGGUGACACAGUUGCUGUUCCUUAGUACCAUAAAAUGGUACAAGGAACCCCAAACUCUUGUUUACGAGGGUACAGGAACCAAUUACCGGGCAAAAAGAGUCAAUCCUGGCUCACAGACAGACUUCUCCAUCCUCAUCCCCAACAUUCAACGCCAGGAUGCUGGGACCUAUUUUUGUACUCUGGAAUUCCUUGUUCUGAAAAAUAAUGGGAAAGGCACUGUGGUGUCUGUGAUUGGGUUCCCUGAUUCAAGCGUCAGUGUGUACUGGUAUAAGAAAGAGAGAAGAGUCUCAGCCUCAGAGUGUCGCGUACUCCCAGAAAAAGGGUAUGAUUCCUAUGAAGUCCUGAGUUCUGCCAAAGUACUGCUUUCGGAGAAGGAUGUGAACUCCCAGCUUGUCUGCUGGAUAAGACACAGCUCUUUGCAGAAUCCCUUGAGACAGGCUUUUAGCCUUGGCACUGCACUACGAGUUCCACCCAAGGUGUGGCUGAAAAUGGACCCACCCUCACCUGUCCAGCUGAAUGCCACUGUGACGAUCACCUGUACUGCAGAAGGCUUUUAUCCCAAUGACACAACCUUGGCCUGGUUGGAGAACGGGAAGGAAACCUAUCUAGAGGCAUCAGUUCUCAUGAACCAGAAUCAGGAUGGGACCUUCUCCCUUAGCAGUUCCUUGGAAGUGACAGCAACAAAUCAGAGGAACUCAGAUGUGUUCACCUGCCGGGUUGUGCACAAUUCCCAGCCCUCAGUUAGCAGAUCUGCAGCACUGAACAUCAUAAAUAGCUCAUCUGAACCAGGUCAACAACAUCUGUUCUCCAGCUGUGCUCUCUGGAUUGGACUCAUCCUGAGUAAGAUAGUAGGUUCCUUCUUUCUCCUGUACCUUUUCCUGAGAAAAUAGCACAACAAGAUUGCUCUAUAACAUACAGUUGGGCGUGACUGAAAGUGAGGUCCUUAAUUUGCCCCAGUGGGCGAGAAUGUUAUGAUCAGA